AUCAUUUAAUUUGUUGUUCGUCUGCAAAAUCAAAUUUAGGAGCAUGUUAAUAAGAUAAUGUCUUAAAAUUAUUUUUCUUAAAAAAUUAUAUCUAUGAUAUAUACAGUAAAUAUGCAAAAUGGAUAGCAGGCCUGUAGUAACAUGUGCUGGAGAUGAAAAACUUUUUAAUAAUUUAAAGAAAGGCAUAAUAGAUGGCUUACCUGAAGAAUCUAUGGAAUGGAAAAGGUCUCAUAUGAGAAAUCCAAAAACUGUUUACGUGACUGCAAAUUUUGUGCCAUUUUCCGAUGACAAACUGCCUGAUGAAGGAACUAAAAGUUUAUUAGGGCAAGCCUUUUUUCAUAUAUAUUGGACUGAAUGUCAGGACAUUGAUCACUACAAACAAUCUAUUAAGGACAAUAUUAAUGCUUGGCUUACGAAACUGAAAGCAAAAAAGAUUUAUGAUUGGCUAAUUGUGGUUGUGGAUCAUUCAGAAAGUAAAAAAACGAAUAAGACCAAGUUACUGCCUCGUACAACAGUUUUGGAUAAAAUAAAGAGUGACUUUCCAAGUCAAAGUAAUCUGCGUUGCAUAUCAUUGUUGGAUCCUUGUCGAAAUGAUUCUCGAGCUGCUGAAUCUUGGCAGUCCUUACUUCAAAGAAUCCGAAAGUUGAUCCUUCAAGCUUACAGCCGUCAGUUGAGUCAAUUUGAAGAAUAUAUGCGUACACAAAGAGAGCGUCGUAAUGAACAUGGAUGGAGUUUUCAAAAGUUUUUCUUCUUACAGGAAGAAUUAGCAUUUGUUUUAGAAAUGUUAGGACUAUAUGAUGAAGCUUUAGUUCAAUACGAUGAAUUAGAUGCUCUCUUCACACAGUUUGUUAUAAAUUCAAAUGUUGGAGAUAUGCCAGAAUGGUUAAGUUGUUACUCACGAUCAUGUGAUAUUUGGUCAGGAGUGUGUCUUCUUCGAGAAAAGUCAUUACUACUCAGGGAAAAUUUGGUUUCUGGAAAGGCCAGCUUAUUAGAUUUAAGAAACUAUUUAUUUUCCAGACAGUGUGCAUUAUUACUAUUAUUAUGUCGACCUUGGGAAGUUGCUCAAAGGACUCUGCCUUUCCUUCAUAACUGUAUCAGUGAAUUAAGGAUACUGGAAGUAUCUAUGCCACCUGGUUCUGUAGCUUGUUGGGUGUUUCUCAGUUGUUUUGAAGUUUUACAGACUUGUGAAAAAUUCAAUGAUACUUCUCAAAUAAAGGAAUAUUCUUUGUAUUGUGCUGGGUUAUGGGCAUAUGCUAGAGAAAAGCUUCAUCAAUUAGGAAUUCUUUGUGGAUUAAUGCCAGAUCUUGAUGCUAAUUCUGAAAAGCUGCAUAUAGUAGUAGGACUUUUAGCUGGAAUGAGUGAAGAUCCCUAUAGCGAUUCUAAUUCUGAAAGUCCACAUGCUAAAUUGAGAGGCGCUCUUUCAUCUAAAGAAUCUUUUCUGAAGCAUUAUCUGGAGUUAUCAGAAUUGACUAUGGGAACAUUUAAACACAACAGAAGAAUAAGAACUGCACGUUUGAUAGGGAGAGAUUUAGCUCAAUUAUAUAUGAAAAUGAAACAACCUCAGAAAGCUGUAUCUUUUUUGGCUGAUUUAUUGAAAACAUAUCGUGAAGAAAAUUGGGAAACUUUAACUGCUAAUAUACAACAAGAUUUAUAUGAAUGCUAUCUUGCAAUGAACGACAUUCCAAGGUAUCUGAAGACUUGCAUUCGUUUGGCUGCUACAACUCUAUUUACGUUAGACCAAAGAAAAGAUUAUUUCCAAGACAUAAUUGUACACAGUGAAAAUUUAGGUUCAGAAAACUUACUUUUAAGAACAGAGAAGACCUUUUUAGUAAGUGGUGCUAAAAUUGAAUCUUCAGUGACACCUAUCAUUAAAAAUAGUAACAUACUUGUAACAUUUCAUGUUCAAAGUAAUUUACCUAGCGAAAUCAUCUGCCGUAAUGUAAAAUUAAUUUUGAAGAAACAGUCUGCUCCUGCUGUGGAUAAAUCUAAGCAAGUAGAUUCUCAUUAUAUGAGCUCAAAAUCUGGAAUUUCUGCAACUCAUAGUCCUAUGUCACCAAUGCAGUCUGGAGAGCUGGGUAUCCCAUCUAGAGAUGAUAUGCCUCAGCGAAUUUUAGUUCAUCCUCAGCUCAUCAUAGGUUCAUAUCGUUUAGAAGGAUCACAGAUUUAUUCAGUUAUGUGCAAAAAUACCCAUCAAGUUUUGAGACGCAGAGAUAGUCAAGGGUUUCAUAAAGAUGACAUUACUGAAGAGGAAGGUGGGCCUUAUUUCAAAAGUAGUAUGGUCAAACUUAUUCCAGGGCACAAUGUUGUUACAAUAACAGUUAAGGCAACUGAACCAGGGUUAUACACUUUUCAUCGCCUCUGGUUUGAAUGGGGCAAUAUUCAUUUUGCAUUAUCCAAUCUUUCACCUUUAUUUUCAUUCCUUGUUUCUGAAGAGCCUCCUGCUGUCAAUAUGAAACCUGUGAAUGGUGACUUAUUGGCUGGCAUUGAACAAAAUCUAGUACUUCAUAUUUCUAGUGGUAGUUCUUCAUUUUCUACUGAUGCUGCUGUUCACAUUAAAACAUCUCGAGGUUUAAAGUUGAAGGAUGAAAAUUCCACUUCUGAUUGGUCUGAAGAUAUUAAUAUCAGCCUUCCAGAUCUGAAGCCAUUUAGUUCCAUUGACAUUCCUAUGAAAGCUGUUGCACAGUUUGGACCACAAAAAAGUGCAAAUACCAUUGAGCAUGUUGCUAGUUUACAGUGCCCAUGGUCAACAAAUCCUGUUAGAAUUUUAUUGCAUUUUUUGCCUCCUUUCUUAGUAUCACAGAAAUUACAUACAUGUGGUAUACGGAAAUAUGUACAGAUAGUCAUACAUGGAAUGAGUCCCAAAAUAUUUUGUUUCAAGAAUACAAAAUUAGAGCCAGUAGACAUGAAAGAUGUUCCUUUGAAAGCACUUUAUUCUGUGCAGGAAUUGAUUGUGAAUGCUGAUCAGACUGCUAGUUACUUGUGGGAGAUAAUGAGUGAAGAACCCGAACAACUGCCCCUUCAUUUUCAUUUUUCAACUGAUUAUGAACUAAAAAAGGACAUAGUUCUUGGUCCAUAUCAAUAUCAUUUUGAAUUUAAAUUGAAUAGUUAUGAGACAUUAUAUGCUAUUAGAGCAAGAGUAGAACCACCUAAGGGUUCUGAAUUCUGCCGUGCUGGAAUAAUGUGUUUCAUGCAUAUCUCUAUUAAUCAAAUACAUAAAUCAGAUUUCACUUCUCUUAUGUAUGAAGUUGUUGCUGAUCAGGCAAUGUGGGCAGUUUGUGGAAGAACUGCUGGUGUUGUCAAUGUCGAUGAAUCAGGGAAGCACAGUGUUGUGUUAGAUGUCAUGCCAUUAAUAUCUGGUUUUUUACCUUUGCCUACUGUACGACUAUCAAAAUACAUUCCAGCUGACCAAAGGAAAUCUGUUUCCAGAGAUUCAACUCCCUCAAAAGACAGUGGCAAUUAUAAUGUUGCACGAUUAGAGCCUUUCGACUCAGGUCAGGUUUAUAGUUGGAGCAGAGCCAUGCAAGUUCAUGUCUUGCCAGCUUCCAAUACUUCGAGCUUAGAUGUAACUUCAUGAAGAACCCAUAUUGUUAUAUAUGUAUAUUCCAUUUCUCAUGUAUAUAACUGUAUUAAUAAAAUGAAACCUAAUUUUUCAUUUUA